AUGCUGUCGAAGUGCAUUAAGCUUUUACUCAUCUUAUACGCCGUAUACAUCGGAAGAGCAGUCGCCGCUUCCCGACGAGACAAUCAAACCAUUUGCGACUACUAUGCCGAAAAGGUCUUUGGGGAAAGUAAUGUCGCGACACAGCUUCGUUUGAUGCAGGGUAUUAUUGCGUACGCCUACGCUGGCGGAGAUACCCUGCCAGAUCCAAAUCCAAAUAGUACCGGAAUUUUUAACAAGGGAAGGUUCAAUGGUUACGAUGUGUUUCUCCGUCCUUUGUUUGACGGAUCAAGUAUGGAACAGCUCGGCAUAUUCCAAGCCAAACGUCUCAUAUAUUGGAGAGCUAACAAUGUGAUAGAGGCGACUACAAACUUUCAUGGCCAACCAGUACCGAUCAAUUGGUUGGACGGAGGUGGUCUCGACCCCCUCCUUGCCUUUUUAAACGGCUCUACGGUCUUUGCUAAAAUUGAACCGGACUCAAAUCAAGAAAUCUUGUUUUCCCACUGGUAUGUUACCUUUGGAAAAGUCUACCAGUGCAGUAAUGCUAGCGUGUUUGUGGCAAAGGAAUAUGCCCCAUUCACACCGGCCUAUGUUCAUAAAUUUAUGAAUUUAAAUUCGACAGAAGUGGCAUAUUUCAUCGACCAACUCAUGCUAGCCAGCAAAUACUAUAACUUUUCGGACGCCGAUGCUCAGCAAUUAGCUGCAACUAUGAAUACGAAAUACAACAAUAAAUGUUCGCCGCCAGACGAUAAGGGUCAGCUGAAUUCGGUGUGCUAUGCAGACUCCUGCCCAGAGGCUGUACCCAAGAAAGAUUGCGAGGCAUAUAAGAACUUGGAACCAUAUGGAUUCAAGGCUUCUACCCCAACGGGCACUGCGACAGGAGUAAUUCCAACAAUGUCCUCAUCGCCAAACUCUUCCGCAACCUCAUCCGGGGAAGUUGCGGGCGAUUCUUCCUCUCGCCUGUCUGCAGGAGCUAUUGCAGGCAUCGUGAUUGGCGGCUCCGUUGUAAUUCUGAUGGCGGUAGGCAUGUGGCUGUACUUUCGGCGUCAACAACAAAACAAGCCAGCAGAAACGCCGGCUGCCGCUCAGAACCAGAUGAGUCAAGCAGCCUCUCCUGCUCCUGCUUAUUCUAGCCAGGUGCCAUACAGUCACCCGCACGAUAGCUAUUACAGUCGAGGGCCGCACGACUCAUACACCGUAUCGACAAUUGGAAGCCCCGACAGUACGGCGGCGACAUGGGAACAGUCAAAAUUGCCGCAACUGCAGGAAAUGGCGGCCGAAAGUCCUUCACCACCUCCUGGAACGCUGUCGCCCAACAAUCAAGGGGGACAGAUGCACCAGAUUGCGGAGAUGGAAAGUCCUGAUCCACCGCCUCCCUGGAGCCAAGACCCAAAACCAUAA